AUGGGUUGUUCUUCCAUCCCUUUGGUCUUUCUAAUGUUUCUAUUUGUUUAUACAGCUUCAUCAACCUUUGAAGUUACAGUUCAUAUCAUCAGUCUGGUUACAGAUGACCCUUUAACGUUGUUCUUCCGAUGCAAAUCUGAAAAUGAGGAUUUGGGAUAUCAGCAGGUGUAUUCUGAUGAAGAAUACAAUUGGACAUUCAAGUCUGAUACUAAUUCAUAUGAUUUCUUUUUUUGCCAUUUCUACUGGAACGGGAAGGAGAUAGUUUUUCCUGUUUAUGAUCAUGCUAUAGGUGAGGAAUGCGCCAUUACCAAUUCGACUCAUCAUGAUUGCUAUUGGACAGGGAAACCUGAUGGAUUCUACUUUUGGAUGAGGCCAGAGGUACUGGAGAAAAGAUAUGAUUGGUGA